CUAAAAUGAAAGCUUGGAAUUAUUUGUCUGGAUGGACAAGUUUUGUUUUGCCUCAAAAUAUACAAAAGCAAUUAUACAAGUUUGUUUUGAAAAGGCUUAUUGGUCAGUUCUUAGAAAACGAACUUGAUCUCGAAAACUUUGACAUUGCACUGGCUAGUGGCAAUAUGGAAUUAAGAGACUUGGCUGUGAAUAGAGAAUUUAUCAAUCAACUAUUAGAAGAUACACCUUUUUUACUUCAAGAAGGAAGAAUUGGAUGCAUUUCAGUCUCUAUUCCAUGGUCAAAACUCCUAAGUAAAGACAUUUCCCUUAAAAUUCAAGGACUACAUCUAUCUUUACUUCCAAUCAAACAUAAGCCCAAAAAAAAAAAUUCUCCUUCCACAAGCGCAGUCAUAGAAGAACACAUCAUGUCUUCUUCUUUACAUUUUGCUGAUGAUUUCCUUCGAACAGAAAUAGACAAAGAAGACCUUGAAACCAAAGACACGAUGGAUAUGGAUAUUGCCGUCCUUUCGAAAGUGAUUGAUAAAAUGAUUUCACGCAUCAAGAUAGACGUGGUUGACACUCUAGUGCGUAUCAUUCACACAUCAGCUGUUCCAUUAUCACCCAAUCAUGAUGGAAAAGAGUACUACAUUGAUAUACGUAUACCCAGAAUUUCCUAUUUUGACGAAACACCUGAAUUCAACACCACCACAACGCCACAAGAUAUGAUGAACAGUUCAGUCCUAUUACCGCCUGUAGCCAAUGAGACCAUCAAGAUCAUCACGAUUUCUUCGCCUGAAAUAUGGCUUCGAUCUGCUGAAUCUUCACCUACCACUGAAGACGAUUUAGCACAGACUGAAUUCUUUGAUUCCUAUUCAGGUCUAGGCAUGAGUGGAUCCAUCACACCUAAACCGAAGCCUUAUGAAGCCUUGUUGUUUACGACCAUGGACAAAAAGAACUGGAUCAGACUUAAACUAAGACCGUUAUUGGAUGGUAUAUCAGCCAUGUCUAUUAAGCAGAUCGAUGUGCUUGUCACUCAUAUUCGGAUCUUAUUCACACCUCAACAACUGGCAUUUUUUAUGGAUUUGUUAGACUUGAUUUCCUCUGAUCUGCCCAAGAGUGCACCCGCAACAUGGUUGGAGGAUGUAGAGAUCAUAUUAGAGCGAAAAAUUAAGGUACAAAUGUCGCUGAUUGAACUACUGUUGGUCAGUCAAGAUGAACCUGCACUGGUUGACAGAUAUCCUGCUAAAGACAAGCAUCAUCUUCGUUUUGCUCUUCACCAGUUGAGUAUCAGACAACAACAGUUUACCAACAGAUCCUCUGUGAUGGAUAUGCGUAUACCCAAUCUAGUGCUGGACGAAUGGAUCCCAAGACCACUUGAUCACCGUACAAUGCCAUCUCAAACGCAAUACGACCAAUACAAUCCUAUCUUUCAGCUAGACAGUCGAAUCAAACAAGACUAUCAUGAAAACGACCCUUUUCCUGCUUAUUAUCCAUCUCAACAGCCCAUAGACAACACAGAUAUGGUGCGGAUUCGAAUAGAGAACAGACAGACAAAAGCAUCAGGCAGGUUUAUUGAUGCCAUGUCAUUUGAGCAAGAUAUUCAUGUGGAUCUGCCUGCUUUUACUUUACAUCUGGAUCCUCGUCUACUGGAUCGUAUGGAUAGUUACCGGGAAGCAUGCAUGAAACCCAAAGAAACGAAGCCCAUGACUUCACAGCCAACACCGUCUAUUUUUGAUGAUUUGCAGACACAGCAGAAUACGCGGAAAACCAAGGUUCGGUUAAAAUGUGCUUUUAUUCGUGUCUUGCUCUCUGUGCCUGAUAUGAGUGCAGUCAGUACACGGAAAGAGUUUAAUGAUCAGUUUCAUCAGAGCCAAUUGAGUGUGGAUAUCAAGAAACUAGUGGCUACUUGGUGUUCUCUUGUGGAUGAUCAUACCACAGGUGCUUUAGAGAAUGAAGAUCAUACACAUAAACCAGAGACAAACAAGGUCAAUAUUGAUCUGAAUUAUGUCAAUGUAUUUAUGCAAUCAAGACCAGAGGAUAUGGUCAAGUGCUGGUUUACUGCAAAGACAGUCCAUGAUAGCAAAAAGUCCUUUUCAGAAGGCAUUUCACCCAGUAUUGAAAUCACCAUUCAAGACACAGACACGUAUCCAACCCCAUCAGCACGCUCAGGCUAUUUUGGAGCAGGAUCAGAAAUUCCAGCCAAUUUGUUUGAUUACCUUGAAAAGAAUGAAAGUUUUCAUGGUGAACAAAAACUACAUAUACCUAUGGAAGAUCAAUCAGAUUCAGCCAUGAUAUUUAAGCAAAGAACCAUUGAAACUUCAUUAUUUGUAGUCAAUUGUCAUUUCCCUCAAGCAGACAUGAACUUGUCAAAAGACAUAUGGGAUCAAGUGCAAAUCAUACAAAAUGACUUGUUAUUAUGGCAGCCUCGUUUUGUUUUAGCACAAGAGAACAUGGAAGCAUCUGAUAUGAAGACAGCGUCUAGUUGUAUGAGUCAAAGUCAUGAACGAUUUGUGCUAGAUCAAGUGCAACAACAGACCUUGUUUUCUAUUGUGGCUGUCAUGAGUCAUGGUUGUUGGGACCUCAAUACAUCGCCCAGCCAUACUUACCGUCUUCAAUUUUCUGAUUUUAGGUAUUUUGCAGCCAUGCAACACUUGGGUAAAAAGGAAAAUAUCACCACUUUAGACAUUGAAGAACUGGACUUGUUUGAUGUCUCGAACCAAAUGCUUCCCCUGAUUCACAAAACCAUACCGAAAAAGAUCCAUCCUAAACGAAAUACGUCCAUGGUGUCCUUAUUCUCAAGAUUGACUUUGUUGCCUGAAUUCAAUCGUAUCCAUAAAGUCACGAGUGUUGUGGCCUGUCAUCUCUGUUGGAAAGCAACAGCUCAGCUUGAUGUCAUUCAGCAAUUGAUUGAGUUUCAAAAAGUGCCGUCUGACAUGGUCUUUAUUGACCCACCUACACAGUACAUUAAAGUCUACGCUCAUCUGUUAGAGACCUCUAUUCAUUAUGCGCCUCAUCCUUUAGGUGCCGUAGUCGUGUUGGAUGGUGUGCAAGUGAUGACAAACAUGCUGGCAGGUCAACCUAUCCUUCAAAUCAAAGCGUUCAUUCAACACAUUGAGCUGUACUUGAUGGACGAUAUGCAAGAACUCCAUCGCCCUUCAGACCACCAACAACAAGGCAUGACAGAUGCACGCACGUACUGGUCUACCUUGGGGUUCGUGAGUACCUUGACUGUUCAGAACAUUGAGCUGUGUAUCAAACUCAAGCUGGAUGACUAUGUGGCGGCUCCUCAAGUCGACUUGGCUAUUGUCAGUACAGACAUCUCGCUGGACACCAGUGCGGAUGCGUUUCAGACCCUGAUGAAUGUCAUGACGUUUGUUCAACACGCUAAACAUCAACCGAGUUCAUCUCCCACCCAUCAUGCUACAUGUACCAUGCAUAAAGAAGACAUGUUGACCAGUCUAGACGAAGAUGCGUUCAAGAUCUCGCCUUCUCAACUAUCACCGCCUACGUUGAUUGAAGCACCCGAAAUGGAAGAGUUUAAUUAUGUUGAAGAGUUCUAUCACAAUAGUGAAGCAUCCAGCAGUAGCAGUUAUUAUUCUACCACGCGAUUACCACCGACAAAACCGCGUCGUCAGAUCCAUCGAUCCAGAACAUCAGAAGACAUGGUGCGUGUGCUUGAAGAAGACAGGCUGCAGUUAGUAGAGGAUUAUUUUGGGCUUGAGAAGCAAGUGCGUGUGCCAAAGUCCAUGGUGGACUUGUCGAAAGCGAUUUUUUCUUUACGUGUGUCUAACCUGAAUGUCGUCUGGAAACUGUACGAUGGUUAUGCAUGGGACUAUGUUCGGUCUGACAUGGCUACUAAACAGCAAACUGGAUUUGGCGAUCAUCUCGAUAAACGACGGCACAAAAAAGACGCCCAUAUUGAGUUCAGACUGGACCAUGUCUCGAUCGACUUGGAUGUCAUGUCAGACAAUGAUCCGACAGCCAUGUAUUUGAACUUGAAUAUCAAGGAUGUUGAGAUUAUUGAUAACAUCAAGACAUCCAACUGGAAAAAGUUCUUGGGCUAUAUGCGGUCAGACGCAGAGCAACGAGAGAUGGAUGAAUGUAUGGUCCAUAUUGAACUGUUCAGUUUGCGACCUGUGCAGCAUGAUCCUCAGCAAGAGUUUCGUUUGAAAGUGAAAUUACUGCCUAUUCGUUUAUAUGUAGAUCAAGAUCCAUUGGACUUUUUAGAGAAAUUCUUUAGUUUUGAUAAAUCAAACUUGAGAUCUACUCAUGCUGCCAAUCAGUCGAUUCCUCAAGCACAAGAAGACGAGGAAGUCAAAGAUGUUUAUUUUCAACAUGUCGACAUUCAUCCUCUUGUGUUUAAAGUAGACUAUAAACCCAAACACUUUAAAUUAGGCAAUGUCAAAGAGGGCCAAUACUUGGAGCUGAUCAAACUGUUCCACCUUGACGGUGCUGAAGUGUCCUUGACCCAUGUCAAACUGACUGGUAUCAAGGGCUGGUCUAGUCUAUUAGAUCGUUUAGGACAAGCAUGGCUACCUCAUCUGAAGCAAACAUCCCAAGUAUUCCAUGUUGCUUCAGGCGUACCUCCUGUGCGUUCACUGGUGAAUCUAGGCACAGGUGUUGCUGAUCUUGUGCUGUUGCCUAUUCAACAGUACAAAAAAGACGGUCGACUGAUGAAGGGUAUCCAAAGAGGCACGUCUUCAUUUGCUCGAGCAACAGCCAUUGAAGCCAUCAAAUUAGGCUCUAAAAUGGCCACAGGCACACAAGUGAUACUAGAGCAUGCAGAUGGUUUUUUUUCUUCACCGCCUCAUUCAUCCAUGGGGUUGGAUCAACAGUACCAUUUUGUUUAUACAGAUGAAGAUGAUUUACAGAUCAUUCGAAAAGAGGAACUCCUUGGUUCAGAUCAUCGUCCAAGCACAAGCCAUGAACAGAAAAAACCGUAUGAACCGAGUCCGUCUGAAGGACUUUAUCAACAUAUGAACAAGACCCUCGCUGCACAAACGAUUUUUGCUGUACCUACUGAAGAAGAAGAAGAAGAAGAGGAGGAAGAUAUGGUGCCUAAAGAACAUGGCGCCAAGGCUGUCAUUCGUGCUGUACCUGUGGCUGUGAUUAAGCCGAUGAUUGGACUUACCAGUGCAUUACAGAGUAUCUUGACUGGACUACGGAGUUCGAUUGAUCCUGUAAUGCGAUUACAAAGUGAAGAUGUAAGUUGAAUGUAGGCAAUGGAUGUUGUUACUCACAUUUUAUGCAGAAAUACAAAAAACCAAAAUAGAUUAUGUAAUAUAACAAGCCACUUUUUAUUUCUAUAAAAAAAUAAAGCC